AUGGACGUCCUCUCCGAAAUCGGCGCACCUACGCUGGCCAUGGCAUCGGCGCUGGGUAUAGCCGCUGGUGCGUACCUCAACGCGAGAUUCUCACUUUCAACCGAUCUGUCCCAAAUGUCGGGUGACAAGGCAUUUGGAAAGCGCGUCGGCGAGCGCAUCGCCAAGCUCGAUGGCGCAACAACCAUCUACAAGAUGUUGGAGCGGGUGGUAGAUGUUGAACACAAAGGCGCUUCAGAUGCGCUCUGGUUUGAACACCAGACUUGGUCUUAUAGUCAAUUGAAAGACUUGGUUGACAGAAUGGCCGCUCUGUUGAAGACCCGUAAUAUCAAUUCCGGGGACACAGUCGGUGUUUUUACGACCAAUUCACCAGAAAUGGUAAUCAUACUCUACGCGCUCUCCAAGCUAGGCGCAGUAUCAGCAAUGAUCAACACUAACCUGCGAGACGACACAUUCACGCACUGUCUGAACGUUUCAGGCUCCAAGCAAAUCAUUUCAACAGCAGACAUCUCUCAAUACGUCAAAGUUGACAUCCCCCAUCUCACGAUAAACCUCACUUCCUUCCCAGACACGAAAACAAGCCCAGUAGAGCUCGUAACGCUCUCAACCCUACAAUUGCAUUCGCCAACAGGUCUCCCCGCAGCAAAGCGCAGCCCCAAGGAUUUAGCAGUCCUCAUUUACACCUCAGGAACAACAGGUAAACCCAAAGCCUGCGCAAUCCGCAACAUGCUUACCCUGAUAACUUCGACACCCCUGUCAAGAGAUGCAAACGACCCAGCCAAAUACUACCCAUUACGCAUCUACUCCUCUCUACCUCUCUUCCACGGCACAGCCUUCUUCACGGGCGUCUGUGGCGCAGUCGGAAACGCAGGAACUCUCUGUCUGAGACGGAAGUUCUCUGCUAGUCAGUUCUGGAAGGAUGUGCAUGAUUCGCGCGCUACGCGGAUCUUGUACAUCGGUGAAUUGUGCCGUUAUCUACUUGCUACCCCGCCCUCGCCGUAUGAUGCGGACCAUAACUGCAUCGUUGCGACUGGUAACGGGCUGCGUGGUGAGAUCUGGGAGAAGUUCAAGGAACGAUUCAAUGUUCCUGAGAUCCGGGAGUUUUACCGGUCUACCGAGGGUGUAGCCAAAUUUGAUAAUCAUGGGCCUGGUGUGUGGGGUGCUGGAAAGGUUGGUUUCUCUGGGCCUAUCAGGCGGUUCUGGGAGGAUGAUACUUUCAUUGUGAAGUAUGAUACGGAUAAAGAGUGUCCGUAUCGUGAUCCUUCUACUGGCUUCUGUGUCCGUUCGGGUCUGAACCAAGAGGGUGAGGCUAUUGGACGGGUCAGGGAUCGCGACUUGUUGAUUGAGUAUCUGGGCAAUGAGGCUGCUACCGAGCAGAAGCUUCUCCGUGAUGUGUUUGUCAAAGGAGAUUUGUUCCAGAGGACUGGCGAUUUGGUCGUGCAGGACUCAGAUGGCUGGGUGAGGUUCCAGGAUCGGGUUGGAGAUACUUUCCGGUGGAAGGGUGAGAAUGUUAGUGCUGGUGAGAUUCGUGAUCAUAUUUGUCGGAUUGAAGGAGUUCAUGAUGCUGUUGUUUAUGGUGUAAAACUGGCUGAGUAUGAUGGCCAGGCCGGUGCUGCUGGUAUCACGCUCGAAUCGCCGAAUGUUGAAGUUGAAUUAAUGUCCAACUUAUAUGCCGAGCUGAAGAAGAAGGGUGUUCCUUCCUAUGCUCUUCCCAGACUUGUUCGCUUGACCGAGAAGGUUGCCACUGGAGUGACGUUCAAGCAAGCCAAGGGCGACUUGACCAAGAAAGGCUGGGACCCCCGCAAAGACUGGGGUGGGGAUAUCCUCUACUGGCUGGACGGAGACAAGUACAAGAAACUGGAGACAGAGAGUUGGUCCGAGAUCGAAAGCGGCAAGGCCAAGCUGUGA